AGUGCAGUCACAUUUUGGCUUGCAUGUCUGUGUGUGUAUAAGGGUUGGAGGGAUUUUAUUGACAUGAUCAGCAAGUGCACAUGAGGGGCAGGGUUACUGAUUACAGGUGAUGCUAUAGUUGUGAUAAGACUCUUGCUUUAAGCACAAAGUCCUUCCAGCUGUCAAGAGCCUUCAGCUACUUCACAUCCCCUCACAGGACCAUUGCUACCUCUCAGGUCUGUUGUGUUUUCUGCUUCUUGCCGUCUGUUGAGCACACUACAGCAUCAUGAGUGUAGAGUCCAAAAACUCAAAUGAGGCUUGUUGCUCCAAGCUCAAGCUCUUCCUGGCAUCUAUGGCUUUUGCAUUCUUUGCCAAAUCCUUCUGUGGAGCCUACAUGAAAAGCUCUAUCACCCAGAUCGAGAGGCGCUUUGAUAUCCCCAGCUCCCUCAUUGGUGUUAUAGAUGGCAGCUUUGAAAUGGGCAACCUGCUGUUAAUAGCAUUUGUGAGCUACUUUGGUGCUAAGCUCCAUCGUCCCAGGCUGAUUGCUAUUGGAUGUUUGAUCAUGGCUGUUGGAUCUUUUCUCAUAGCUAUGCCGCACUUCUUCCAGGGACCGUAUAAAUAUGAGACCAGUGUGUCUCACAGCAAAGAUGUCAACAGCACUGAGAGCACCCUGCCUUGUCUGUCCAACCACAGCAAGACUGAUGCAGAUGUGUCACAUGAUAUAGAGGCAAAAACAGCUUGUGGAAAAACAGAUGGCUCACCCAUGUGGAUUUAUGUAUUACUUGGAAACAUGCUUCGUGGGAUUGGAGAGACUCCCAUCAUGCCUCUGGGACUGUCCUAUCUGGAUGAUUUCUCCAGGGAAGAGAACACUCCUUUCUAUUUGGCCUGUAUCCAUACAGUGGGAAUCCUUGGACCCAUGUUUGGGUUCAUGCUGGGGUCCUAUCUUGCCAAGAUCUAUGUGGACAUUGGAGCUGUGGAUUUAGAUAGUGUCACCAUCAGCUAUAAGGACACCCGCUGGGUUGGGGCCUGGUGGCUGGGCUUCAUCGUGACUGGUACAGUGCUCCUGCUGUCUGGCAUCCCUUUCUGGUUCCUCCCUAAGUCUCUGGCCAAGCAAGAGCAGAGGCAGAGUAAAAGCACAGAGCUUGCUAUGGUUACAGAGCAGAAGAACUUCCUGCCAGAUGAAAAUGAGGCACAUGAGGAGAAAGAGAAGCCUGUCACAUUUCAGGAAAUGGCUAAAGAUUUCAUUCCAUCUCUGAAACGACUCUUCAGAAACAGUAUCUUCUCAAUGAUCGUCCUCACCUACCUGGUGGUUGUCAGUGGCUUUAUUGGCAUGAUCACCUUCAAGCCCAAGUUCCUGGAGCAAAUCUAUGGCCAAUCAGCUUCCAAAGCCAUUUUCCUCAUAGGUAUACUGAACCUGCCAGCGGUAGCACUGGGCAUCAUCACUGGAGGUUUUGUGCUGAAGCGUUUCAAGCUAGGUGUUAUUGGAGCAGCCAGAGUAGUCCUUUUUACCUCUCUGGGAUCCUUUUGUCUGCUUGCCAUUCAGAGCUUCAUCAGCUGUGAAAACGCAGAAGUGGCUGGUGUUACCGUCUCUUAUCAAGGGGAGCUUCAAGUAUCCUACAAUCAACAGACUUUGCUGUCACACUGUAAUAUGGGCUGCUCCUGCUCAAUGAAGCACUGGGACCCUGUGUGUGCCGACAACGGCAUGACAUAUGCCACACCCUGUCUGGCUGGUUGCCAGACUUCCACCGGCACUGGAAAGGAAAUGGUGUUUCAUAACUGUACCUGCAUUGAGGAGAUGAUGACCCCAGACAUAAACAAGUCAGUAGUGCUGUCUGUACUGGGCUCUUUCAUAUCUGCCUGUGGGGGCACACCAGGAUACAUCUUGCUGCUCAGGUCCAUACAGAAAGACCUCAAGUCGCUGGCUUUGGGUAUGCAUACACUAAUAGUCAGAACUCUGGGUGGGAUACCACCACCUAUUUAUUUCGGAGCACUGAUUGACAGAACCUGUUUGAAAUGGGCCACAAAGCAGUGCGGAGGUCGUGGAGCAUGUCGACUCUAUGAUGCUGAUGCCUUCAGAAUGACCUUCAUGGGGUUGAUUACUGGACUCUACUUCAUAGCCAACAUAUUGUGGGGAUGCCUCUACUUCAAAAUUGUCAAAAGACAGAAGAAAUUGGCGCUGAGGAAUCAGGCCAAUGAAAAUGGACUGGAGUCUAACGAAGUGACCAAUGGCCAUGCCAAUAUCAGCAUUGCCAAAAGCAAAGAAGGCACAGACAAGGACAGCACUAUUUAAGGAGUGUUAGAACAGCAGCAAAAGUACUGUGCUGCACUGAACCACAUGUGGUAAUGUUAGUGUCAGCACUCUUUGGUCUACAAGCAGUAUACCUCUUAAUUAAAUUAUAUGUAAUUCACAUGUAAACAUAAUUCCUCUGUAGGGACAGGGCAUAAACUAUGAGGUCUUUUUUUUAUUUUUAUCUACUUAUAGCAUAGCAAACCAUAAGGGGAACAUAGACUGUGUUGUAUAAACAAAGCAUCUGAUUGGCCUGAAUUCACAAUGAAACAUUUCAGAGGUAAUGUCAGAAGAAGUGAGAAGAAGGUAUGUCAAAUAUUUGAGGAACAUGUCCACCAGUUACAGUAUACUUGAAUAGCAUUUGGUCAGGUAAUGAUAAUGUCUUAUCCUACAGCUUUACAUUCAAAGUGAUUUAUCUGCAGUGGGAGUUUGGCAAGCUUGUAUACUGUAUUUGUACAAAAUAUAUACUAUUGUAGUUUUAAAUGCAAGACAAGAGUGUUUAUGGCUUAACAUAUGGUAGGAUCAUUUAGUAACACAGUAGCAUAGAUCAUGUUUUAUUAGUGACAUUGUUUUCUAUGUUUUUCAGUUAUGGGUAAGAGGUUGUGAGAUUGUACAGGCCUCAGGCAGAUUGAAAAGGUUGGAAAAAAAAGAUGAUUUCCAGCGCUUUCUGAAAGGAAGAUUAGAGACUGGUUGAUAUUUAUUAAGAGACCCUGAAACAAGCUGUGGUUUUUUAAGUAAAAGUUUAAAAACAGCAGUUUUAAAGCUGAUGGAUCAGUGCUAGUGGUAAAUGAUAAAUUAACUAUAUUUCACAUUGUAGAUGUCAAAACUCUCCAGAGAUCUUAAAGUUUAGUUGGUAGAGAGUCAAGGACUGAGGUAGUAGGGUUAGAAGAUCACACCAUCUUAGACCAUCCAAAAACAGACUAUCUCGGAUUCAAUAUAAUGCUCAUCUGGUUCCACACAGACAUAUGAAAUGUUCAUUAAUGAGCUUUAGAGAUGCUGGUAGAUGGAUUUUGAACCUUGGAGAGAUCCAGGGUUAAUGUUCCUCUGUUCCCACUUUUUGUGCCAAGCUAACCCCCAGCUACUAGUAUUUUAACAUCUAACUUGACGACAAAACAAGCAAGUGGAUUUCCUAAAAUGUGGAACUCCUAAGACAUUUUAUAUCAGUUUUAAAUUAAAAUGUUGGACACUGAUGCAGUAAUAGCCCACAUUUUAUUGUGUGAAUUCGCUGCAGUUGUGACCCAACUUCAUGUACAUUAUUUUGUGAAGAAAACCUAGUAAAACAAAUCUCACUGCUUUUAAAAAUGUGUGAAUAUCUUGUCUCUUUGUGGCUACAUUGGACUACUUUGUAUACAUAGUGUUGAGUUCUAUUUUAUUUGUGCUUUUCAUCUAUGGCAGGCUAGUAAACAUUACUCAAACUGUUAGCAAUGCACCCCAGCAACUUUUGCCAUGUUUGGACAGCUCACCUGUUGGACAUCGCGCAUACUUACUGUUACAUCACAUCAUUUAAUACAAACCAUAAAGGUCAUAAAUGUUCAUAUAACCUUCUGACUCACCAGUGUUUGUAGUCUGUAGUUCACUAUAGUUUGGACAGUAGAAUGAGUUUAAAUCAACCUUGAUUGUAUUUUAUUUUAUUAUACACUGUAGUGAUUUAGUGCUUGAUUAACAUAUCAAUAUAUGCAUAUACAAUGAAAAUUUAUAUAUUCAGAUUUU